AUGCCACCGUUCCCCAUUAACCCUUCGGCGAUCCCCAUGGUGCGGACUCGGAAGGCGCUCAUGAUCUUGGACUUGCAAAACGACUUCCUAUGUCGCGAGGGCGCAUUGUUCACCGAGGAACCCGAAGAUUACCUGGAACGAAUACUGGAGGUGGCCAAAGCCUUCCGCGAGUCGGGUGCCGGCGACGUAAUAUGGGUGCGCAGCGAAUUCGAGAGCCACCGCCCCCUGACAGAAGAAGGCGAGCAGAUCAUCACGACGGAUUCCAUGUUGCGCGACAGGAAGACCACUUCGCGAGGACGCCAGCCAACUUCCACAGGGCAUGAAAGUGCGGCGAUGGAGAACGACGAGGAAGCCUUUCUCAGUGUUGGUGCAAAGAAGGAUACGAGGCCGUGCGUCCAAAAGGGCACAAAAGGUGCUGAAUUCGCGCCAAGGGUGAAAGCGGCGAUAGUUCCGGGGCGAGACAUUGUUUUCACCAAAACACACUACAGUGCCUUCGCAUCAGGAUCACAGCUGGUUCAGAUGCUGAGGGGCCGGUUCGUGACUCAGAUGUACGUCUGCGGAGCGCUGACAAAUAUCAGCAUCUAUGCAACGGCGUUGGGCGCGGGGCAGCAUGGGUAUGGCGUGACGCUGGUCGAAGACUGCUGCGGCUUCCGGAGCACCAUGCGCCACCUUAACGCCGUGCGCCAACUCGACCACUUGGCUGGCUGCGAUGUGAUCGGCUCCGAAAACCUCCUCGAUGAAUUGCAACCCCCUACCGCCCCACAAAUCUUAUCAACGGGGCUCUCCCCGUCCAUCUCCAAGAUCGCGCUUGAGCUCGGGAGUGGGUCUCCGGAUAGCGCCCCCGCAGCCGGGUCCCCGCCCUCGCCGGCCAAGCCUGCUUCGCCGCAGCGGGCCCGGGAUGAGCUCAAGCUAACCACUCCGCCUCGCCGUAGGGCCUCGAAUCAGAGCAAUAGCAGUUCCAAAGGGGACAGAAAACGCCCUUUGGAAGACACGGGUCAUCUAGAAGCCGAAUCUGACCCCUCGUCAUCCGACCGUGAGUCAACGCACAAGGCGGAGAAGAAACCGCAAGAAGCGCGAAGAAGCUCGCAGCCCCCGAAGGCGAAGCGGAGCGAAUUAGAAAGCUCUAAAGGUCCGACCCUCUCCCCCGGGACAGGCAGCACACAUGCUGAAAAGCCCAGGGUCGUAAAUCGGGUCAAGCGACGUACCCAACGCACGCAGCCAGAUAAAAAGCCUGCGCCCUCUUCGACUGCAACAGUGGCGACUUCAGACGACGCCCCGGGUAACACAACGAAGCGGGAACCCCAGGCUCUUACCACAUCCUCGCCAACCCGUCCUCUGACGCCGGAACAAAAACCAUCACCGCACAACAUGGCGGAACCACCAACAAGUGCCGUCUGCGGCGAAGCCCUGUGCGAGGGCGACACGCACGUCAUCACCAACCUUCUCCCGCCGCCACUCGCCGCGGACGGGUUUGAGCGUCUGCUAGAAGAGGUCAGCUGGGCCAGCAUGUCGCACAUGGGCGGGGAGGUGCCUCGCCGCAUUGCCGUGCAGGGUGCCGUCGCCGACGACGGAAGCAUGCCAGUCUACCGACACCCAGCCGACGAGUCGCCCCCCUUGCUUCCAUUCUCACCUACCGUCCUCCAGAUCAAGGCCGAAGUCGAGAAACACCUCGGUCACCCCCUCAACCACGUGCUCAUCCAGCACUACCGCACGGGCAACGACUACAUUAGCGAACAUAGCGACAAAACGCUGGAUAUUGCCCCCAACAGCUUCAUCGCAAACGUCAGUCUCGGCGCCAAGCGCACCAUGAUCUUCCGCACCAAGCGACCCCCCAAAAACAAACACACCACCGUGUCCCCAACCAAGGCCGCAGCAACACCCCCCGACAACGAGGAACCCCAACCUCAACCGCAACAACCCAGUCCCACCACAACCACCACCAACGCAGAACAGCCGCGCCAAACCCAUCGCGCCUCCCUCCCGCAUAACUCCCUCCUCCGCAUGGGCCUGCGCACCAACACCAACUGGCUGCACGCGAUCCGACAGGACAAGCGCGCCGACCGCGACCGCACCCCCGCCGAGCGCGCCUUCCACGGCGCCCGCAUCAGCCUGACCUUUCGCCAGAUCGCCACCUUCAUCGACGCCGACCAGGCGACCAUCUGGGGCCAGGGCGCGAUAGCCAAGGACAUGGAGGGUGCCAGGCCCGUGGUGAAUGGCCAGGGGGAGGAGGCGGUCAGGUUGUUGAGGGCGUUUGGCGCGGAGAAUAAUCGUAGUGGCGGCGAGGGCGGGUUUGAUUGGGCGGAGUGGUAUGGCGAGGGGUUUGAUGUCCUGCAUAUGGGCACGCCGAAGAGGGUGUUUUAUUCAGCCUCUUCCCCUUCGGUGGGGAAUGUGGCGGUUGGGCUGGCGCUGGCGGAGUUGGGGAUCGGGUGUGCUAAGGGGAGCGUGGAGGGGGAGGUGAAGUUUGAGGACAACGACCCCGGGAGGACGGCGGUGGAGGGUGAGGGCGUCGUGUUGAGGUAUCUGGAUGCCGUGUAUGGGGCCGGCAGGCGCUAUGAUCAGAUGCUGCCGGGGGAGGUGGCGAAGCGGUUCACGCGGCUGCAGAGGGGGCUGGAGCUGUCGGGGAAGUGGGCGGCGGCUUUGCGGGAGGUGGGGGUGCAAGGGGAUGGGGGUGGGGAUGGUGAGGAGCAGCAGCGUGCGAGCGCGGAGCAGACAAAGGCCCUUGCGAAACUGCUGGGAAAGGAACUGGCGGAGCGGGAUGGGUGGGCCAAGGAGGCUGCUACUGGGGAAGCGGCACUCUAUAUUGCCGGUGGUGCCCAGCCCGGGCCGGCCGACUUUGCGCUGUGGCCGGUGCUGCAUGAUGUGGUGCAGGUUUGUGGCGAGGACGUGCUGGGAGAGCAUCUAAGGCGAUAUUACACUGCUUUCGGGGAGAGGAGCUCGGUGGCUAAGGCGCUGGGACAGAUCAAGGCGGAGUGA